AUGAUGAACCUAGAGAAGGAUAAACAGAUACUCAAGGACAGGUUACGAGAAGAGCUGCAAAGACUGAGGGGGUACCCAAUAGUCCAGUGUGUACUCUCCUCCCUCCUCCAACCAGAGAAAGAGACAAACGGAGGUGUGAAAAAAAAAAAAAAAGGAAUUUUAUACAGCCAAAUCGAAUUGAAAUAUAUAGGAAAAAUAGUGUAUGAUACGUUUGUUCACUCCAGGGGUGCAAGGAGGUAUGAUGGAGAUUACGCCUUCCCCCUCUGUUGUGUAAAAAGGAAAGUUCACAUUCAGAAGGGAAGCAAACAACUCGUCUUACGCUGCACCGAUAGGGACAUCCCCACCGAAACGGCAUUCCAACUGAUUAGCAGAGAGAAAGAUUUUUUUAUUUUCCUGAAAAUUACGCACUAUGUGAAGAAAGAAGAACCACUAGGGAGGACACCAGACGGGUCACUCUCACCCCUCAUAGUGUUUCUCUACGAUGUGACAGAAGCAGGCAAACGGGAAACGGAAAGACACGGAGGAAGGUGCACAGAUGGGGUUCCCACCCAUGUAGGGUGUCAAAAUGGGGGGAAUUCUUCUCUCACUCAGUUGCCCAACGUGAAGGGGGGAGUGGUAAACCCGAAAAGGGAACCCCCCCAAAAGGGGACUGCAAAAAGUUCGUUGAUCGAUACCUGUUGUUAG